GGGCCGCCGCCGCGGCGGCCGGAAGUGGGGCCGGAAGCGGAAGCGGGGCCGGGCGGGCGGUGGUGCCGCCGCCGUCGGUGCCGGCGAUGCUGUCGCUGGAUUUUCUGGACGAUGUGCGGCGGAUGAACAAGCGGCAGCUGUACUACCAGGUGCUGAACUUCGGCAUGAUCGUCUCGUCCGCCCUCAUGAUCUGGAAGGGGCUGAUGGUGGUGACGGGCAGCGAGAGCCCCAUCGUGGUGGUGCUGAGUGGAAGCAUGGAGCCUGCCUUUCACAGAGGAGAUCUCCUGUUCCUCACGAACCGAAUUGAAGAUCCAAUCAGAGUGGGAGAAAUCGUGGUCUUUAGGAUAGAAGGAAGGGAAAUUCCUAUAGUUCAUCGUGUCGUGAAAAUUCAUGAGAAGCAAAACGGUGACAUCAAAUUUCUGACAAAGGGAGACAAUAACGCUGUUGAUGACAGAGGGCUGUACAAACGAGGGCAGCACUGGUUGGAGAAAAAGGACGUUGUAGGACGAGCAAGAGGAUUUGUGCCCUAUAUUGGAAUAGUGACUAUCUUAAUGAAUGAUUAUCCAAAAUUUAAGUACGCAGUCCUCUUUUUACUGGGGUUAUUUGUGCUGGUCCAUCGAGAGUAGCCUCUUGCACUGAAGUACGAGGUGAAGGUGCCAUGGAUUUUUUAGAUGAACGUUUUAAGUAGUUGAUGGUCCCACGUGCCGGGAGGAAGAAGAAAACAUGCAUUUCAAAGCUUCUUGCCAGUUUGGGUUGGUUUUGUUUUUUACUGCGUAAGGGCGAAUGUCUGUCACAGUAUUUCCAAUGGUUUGUCACAUUUUAGAAUUUUUAGUGAGUUUUUAUAUUAAAAAUUUAAGCCAAACUGUUCAGUGUUUCUACUUUGAAGCUGAGCUUCCUCUCGAAGUGCCUACAGGACUGUGUCCUCUAAAUCUGUGCCUCUGCUGGGCAAGCGUGACUUUUCCCUGUGCCGACUGAACCGUCCAGCAGCGAGCUGCAGAGGUGAUGUUUUUUCCAAUUCAGAACUGGAAUAAAGAUUUUGCAUCUCGCC